CCAUGCUCUAAAUAGGCGUAUCCUUGCGGGAUGCAGUACCCAAUCAUAUUGCAGAAGGGCGUGGCCUGGCAAGAUACCAAUCGGAUUCAUAACGCGUCUCCCAGAGAGGGCAUGCGUGAUAACACAAAGGAGAACACAAAUACCCUUGGGAUACAAUUUUGUCGUCAUUGAACUUAACAGAAAUGCCUGAGAUUCGGGACCUCUCUGAGGCUUUGCCAGAGAUGCCCAUGGACCCAAUCACUGGAGUUGGUGUCGUAGCCUCAAGGAGCAGAGCACCAACUGGUUAUGAUGUUGUUUCAACAACAACUGAUGGUCUGGACGCUGAUCUGUGGAAAGAUGGACUUUUCAAGUCCAAGGUGACCCGGUACCUGUGCUUCACCAGGGUAUUCUCAAAGGAAAAUAGCCAUUUAGGGAAUGUUCUUGUUGACAUGAAGCUGAUAGAUAUAAAGGACACCCUGCCUGUGGGCUUUAUUCCAAUCCAGGAGACUGUUGACACUCAGGAACAGGCAUUCAGGAAGAGGCGACUCUGUAUCAAGUUUAUUCCACGAGACUCUACAGAGGCAGCCAUCUGUGAUAUUCGUAUCCUGGGAAGAUCAAAGCAGGCGCCCCCACAGUUCACCUUUAUUGGAGAGCUAAACAAUAUGGGUAUCUGGUAUCGUAUGGGAACCGUGCCGCGAACUCAAGACUCCUCUCACUCAUCAGUCGUGACUGAUGUCCAGAAUGUGAAUUCUACCUCCACUUCACCUCCUGUCCCACCAGCUUCAGUGACAAAGCAUUUUUCCAUGACUCUCCCUGCCAGUUUCAGAGGAAAAAAUCCUACUCGACCAGAUUACGAGCACCAAAAUUCCAACCUCUACGCAAUCUCUGCAAUGGACGGCGUGCCCUUCAUGAUCUCUGAGAAGUUUUCAUGUGCCUCAUCAGAUUUGCAGCAGAUGGAUCUCAUUGGUAUUACGAUCAAAACGUUGGCUGAAAUUGAGAAAGAAUAUGAUUACAGUUUUCGUACUGAACACAGCGCUGCAGCACGGCUCCCUCCCAGUCCAACUCGGACAACCCUAAGCUCUGAGGCCUGAUGCACCUGGUCAAGAUCACUUUUGGCCACCCCACUAGACUUUCUCGUAUACACUCCACUCAUCCAGAACUGUAUUGAGGGAAAAAAUGCGGCAACACUGAAUUUGUAGAACCUGUUAUGGUCCAUCUUUUCAUUGUGCUGAUCAAACGGCAGUGAGAAGCAUUUUAACUGAGAAAUAGAAGUUCAAUGUGAAGAGAACCACUCUGAGUUGAAGCAAGUUUAAAAUAGAACAGGUAAGCUCAUUUGUAAAAAUAACCAAGGAGACACAUUUCAUGAUUUUACCUUGACAUAUGUUUUGUCUUUUUCAUGUAUAACAGAUGACCACAUUUCAUGUGAUGGACUUAAAAUAAAUGAACUGUGAUUUUAUUGUCUGUUGAGCGAUGAUGAUUGAUUUUAAAAUCUUGGACCGCAAUGUCAGUCCCCAAUAAGUCAAGGUCUCGUGGAGUUACGGUCAACUCCUGUUAAAUAGCUGCGGACCAGUGGACCUCUGCUAUUUGCAGGCACUGGGGUGGCCAGCGAGUAAUAGCAAAAAAGGUGUCGAAAUGACUGCCAUUAAAAUGCAUGGGGGGGGGGGGGGGGGGGUGAUUCGAAAUUUAACCCCAAAUAUUUAAAUAAUGCAAAUUAUGUUUUCUGUGUUUUCCAUGUCAACGGGGAUUGAUUCCCACUCCCCCC